CGCUUCCGCGGGCCGGGAGCGCUCCUCGCUGGCGGCCCCACCUCGGUGGGGACUGUCGUGUCUGCGCGUACUUUGUUUUCCUGCUCCGGCACUAUUUUGCCCACGAACACGUCCCGGUACGGAAGGGUCUUUAAAGAUUAGGUUCGGGCCGUCAGGAACGUUCGUGAACUUGGACGGAGUGGGAGUUUCAUUCCUCUGACACGUCAAAAUAGCAAGUAAAGUUGGGUUAAGCGUGAGUCCUGUGUCACCGCUGUCCCGAGGGACGCUGUGGCGACAUCUUGCAUUUUAAAGGCCGGUUUUCGUGUUUCCUGGGGUUCUCUUACAAGGUGGUUUACUCCUUAGUCAUCAGCGUAGUCUCUGUGGGCACGUGUUCACCGCUUCCAGGUCGUGUGUCACGGCCAGUGCUGCCGUGCACCUGCCUGGUUUGGAGCGGCUCCCCCCCUCUGUGUGAACCGCUGGCCCUGGGGCGACCGUGGACCCGCAGGGAGGUGUGGGCGGCGCCGCCCCCGCGCCCGGGUCUCGCCGGGGGUCCCCGAGGGCGCGGAGCGGGCCGGGAGCGUGCGCGCGCGGCUGUCUGCGCGGCAGGGGCUUCUCUGGGCUGAGCGCGCGAGGGCCGCGGCUGGGCCGCCUCUUUGGUCUCUGUGAGAAACGGCCCGACGUCCCCGGCGUGCCUGCCUUGCGUGUCUCCGCGCCGCCGCGUGAGCGGGCGUCCCUGCGGCCGCGCCCGCCGUGGGCUGCGGAGCGGUUCUGAGCGGCCCGCUGGGGUGCGGUGGCGCUCCUGGCGGCGGAGCGCGCGGAGCAUCCCCUCGCGGGCCUGCUGCUCCCGGGCGCGCGGCCCUCUCGUCCGCUCAGCGCCCGCUGGUGUUCUCGUGAGGUCGUCUGCUGUUUCACCGGACCUUUUGAGAGUGCUGUGUGUUUUAUACAUACACACUCUCUGUUGGAUGUCUGGUUUGAAAAUAUUUUCUCCUCAUCUGCAGCUUGUUUUUUUUUACCCUUUUAACGGGGUCUCGCACAGAGCAAGUUUCUAAUUUUCAUGGAGCCCGGUUUAUCCGUUUUUAAAAAUCUUUUACGAACUGUGCUUUUUAUAUCACGUACAAAAAAAUUCUCUUUAGUGCUAGGUCCCCAGAACUUCCUCCUGUGUUUUGUUUACUUAUUGAUGGCCACACCAUGUGGCUUGUGGGACCUUCGUUCCUUGACCGAGGAGCAAACCUGUGCCCACGUCAGUGAAAGCGUGGUCCACCAGGGAACUUCCUCUCCUGUGUUUUAUUGUAAAAGUUUUAUAGUUUCUGUUUUAUAUUUCACAUCAUCCAUUUGGAUCCAUGUUGUUUCGGGUGUGAAGGUCAGGCGGAGGUUUGCUUUUCUGCCCAUGGAUGUGAAAGGACUCCAGCACCGUUUGCUGAAAAGAUUCGCUUUCCUGAAUUGAAUUGCUUGUGUACAUUUGUCAGAAACUAGUUGAAUGUAUUUGUGUGGCUCUAUUUCUGGGGUCCUUCUUCUCCGUUGCCCCGGGUCUGCCCUCCUCCAGUGCCAGGCUUGAUUGUUACAGCGGCAGAGUAAGUCUUAAGUCUGAGAGUGGUUCAUCUCCCUUUAUGCUUCUUUUAAAAAAAUGUCAGGACUUCCCUGGUGGUCCACUGGUUAAGAAUCUGCCUUCUAAGGCAGGGGACUUGGGUUUGAUCCCUGGUCCGGGAACUAAGAUUCCACGUGCCUUGGGGCAGCGACGCCCGUGAGCUGCAACUACUGAGCACACGAGCCACAGUUAGACUGUGUGCCGCAACUAUGAGCCAGCGCACCGCAACGAAAGAUCCUGCAUGCCGCAACUAAGACCCAAUGCAGCCAGGUUAAUAUUAAUUAAUCAGUUAAAAAAUCUUUACUUUUCUAGUACUUUUGCUUUCCCAUAUACAUUUUGGAAUAAGUUUGGCCAUAUCUAUAAAAAAUCUUGUUGAGCUUUUUAUAGAAAUUGCAUUAAACCUAUAGGUCAGUUUUGGAAACUGACAUCACUGUGUUAAGUGUUCUAAUCCGUGACCAAGGGCAUCUCUGUUUAUUUAGAUCUUCUUUGAUUUCUUUCAUCAGGGUUUUUAAAUAUAGUCAGCAUACAGGUUCUCUACAUGUUUCGUUAGGUUACAUCUAAGCAUGUUUUGAGCGACUGGAUGAUACCUCUCUAAUUUGUCUCCCUUUUUUGCCUGUCGCCCUGUCUGGGACUUGCGGGACUGUGCUGAGCGUGCAUGGAGCAGACAUCCUUGCCUGGUUCCCAGUCUUACUUUUUCACCAUCAAGUUUAUGUUAGCAGUAGGGUUCUUGUAGAUGCUCUAUAUCAAGUUGAGGAAGGUACCGUACCCUUUGUUCCUGAUUGCUGAGAACUUUUACCGUAAGCGGAUGUUGAGUUUUGCCCAGCGCUUUCUUGUGCAUCAGUUGACGUAAUCAGCCAGAUGAAGUGACAGAUUACGUCCAUUGAGCCAGCCUUGCAUUCCGGGAAUAAGCCCCACUUGGUGAUUGGUUUGUCCUUUUUAAACGUUGUCCAUAUUAAGGAUGCAUCAGAUAAUACAGAGUGUUACCCCAAGACUCAGCUAAUGUAAUUCUUAAACUACAAGGGGAAGCUGAGGUGGCAUCACCAGCCCGUACUUAGCUAUUGAAUAAAUUCUAUUUCAGCGCCUGUCCCAGAGGGCUGAGGGGUGGGGGGGGGGGGUGACUCUGGCCCCUGUGCUGCGCCCCAGUCCUCAGCUCUUAGCACUGGAAACAUUGUUAUUUACAAACAUAAGUUCACCUCAGCCCUUUAAAUGAGAAUUACUUUGAAUGAUUUAUUCCUUUGAAUAUGUUGCCUAUAAUAUGAAACAAAAUAUGUAAAAAUGUAAUGAUUAUAAAGUUAAUUCUGAGCCUUUUCAAAAUUUCAACAUGGUAGGAUUUUGUUACUUUCUUAUCCAUAUCUUCUCAAGGUUAUAGUAGCUAUUUCUGUACUUUUUUGGGAUGACAGAGUCUUCCACAUCCUUCUAGGAUUAUAGGAUCACCUGCCCAGCUCAGGCUGCGGGCCCAGUUGGUUUUGAGACAGGUCUUCCUUGCAAGCAAGUUUUGGCUUCUUGCAGGCUGGUGCAGCACCCAGAGAGUGGUCUUCAAGUUUUGUGUGGCCAGUGUUUUGGCAUCGUUGCCUGUGGUUAUCGUCUGUUGAUGUUGUGUGUGACUGGAAACUGGGGUACACGCUGAUGGAACCUUAGUUUAGGAGGGGCUAAGUCAAAGGCGUCAUUUCCAGAAGAUGAGGAGUGGAGUCUGCAGGGUCCUGUCUCCUCCCGGGGCCCUGGGCCUCUCUGCUGGGUCCUGUUGUCUGUGUCCACUGCAGUCAUGCACGGGGCCUUAUGAGCACUGGCCCAGAUGCCAACUCCAUCCCUCCUCGCUGUAUCACCGUGGGCUUCGGUCUCCUGGACACUCCCUGCUCGCGGCCCCUUGCGAGUGUAAGUCAGGCGGUUCGAGUCCAGUGGUCGUACGGGGCCUAGCAGGGUGGGCGCUGGGCCAGGCGAUGGGCCCUGGUUCUGCUGUUCACCGGCCGUCCUGGUCUUGCGUAAGCGUCCGCAUUCCUGUAGCUGUAACCCUGGCCUCCCUGGCCUGCCCUUCCUCCUUUCACAGAGAGAGGGACGCACGGCCUUGUGUCCUGUGUCGCCUCCUGUUGAGCUGGAAACUGACCCUCUCUCGCGGUGUCACCCUCGGUCUCAGCACAGCCAUUUGUGUGACUUGUCACCUUUCCCUUUGUGGACUGUUUUCUCCUACAUCAUCUGCUCCAGCCUUCGUAACCUCUCUUUGGGGCUUGCAUGGUAACAGCUUGGCUAACCGGGUCCUUUCAGGGCUCUUUUGCUCUUUUCUGGCAACAGAUUGUUCAGAUGUGGCCCUGCCCUGAUUUAUUGGAGGAGAGCAGUUUGUUUACUUGCAUCUUCAAGGUAGCAAGCUGAGGCUGCUGCCAGGCCUCUUAGUAACAGCUUAAAACUAGUUUUUUAAAUAACACUCCCUUUGAACGUUGUGAGUUUAUGGUCGAUCUGUCAUUGCAGUGUGACUGUGUUGGUGCCGUCGGGCCCUCCUGCGGAUUGAGUGAUUUACACGAGUGGAGCCGUUGGGGCAGUGCCCGCACAGAGACGCUGCUCAGUGAUGCUAGUGAUUGUGUUUUUAUUUUGGACAGUUUUUACUGGAGUGAGGGAAACAUAUCUAUUCAUUUUUUUAUAUAUAUUUAGAGCCAAAGUCUGCCUUCUUGUAUUUCUUACCAGUCUGCACGGUGCCCUUUCAGGCACGCACGGCCUGCUGUGGUGUGCAGCCGGACACUCGAAAUCUCUCGGGCCCCUCCUGUGGCCAGUGGGCUCGUCCUCACCUCCCCACACUUGGUGCCGCCCACGGGCUCUCCAUCCCGGUACCCUCGUGGCUCCUGUGCUCUCGGCGUCACGUUUGUGGUUUCCUUCCAGACUCCUAUCCAGACCCUUCGGUUUGGCGUGCCCCCGGUGCAGCCCCCGCGAGCCUGUCCGGUUCCGUGGUUGAAAGCGUCACUCCGUGCUGACGGCGCCCACCGCGUGCAGCUUGCCGCUGGGUUCCAGCCUUGAACUUGCAGCCGCCCUCUUGUUCCCUCUCCCCCCGCCGGCAAUGAUCUGUGAAGUCGGUGGGGCACCAUUUGGGCCCUGAGAACCCAGAGCGGAGCGGAGCUUCUGUGGCUUCCACAGGAGCUGUGGGGAGGGAGACUCACCAGGAGUGAGGAGGAACUUGGGGCAGGUGUGGUCAGUGCUGCCAAGAAGAGGAAGUGAGCGUGGGGGAGGGAGUAUGGAGUGGGAGGCUCGGGUGUUUCCUUCAGGAGUUUCCUGCAGGAGGUGGCGUUUGAGCCAAGAUCCGAAUGCAGGUUAUAUCACAGAUAAGUCUGUGUGGACGCGUGCUUUCAUUUCUGUUGGGUGAACAUCUGAGAGUAGAGUGGCUGGAGUACACAGCUUGCCCUGUUUCCGUUCCCACCAGCAGUGUUUGAGGGUUCCGGGUCCUCCUGGGGCUCAGGGACACUUGGUGCGGUCAGCUGUCUUACAUUCUAGCCAUUCUAGGUGGGCGUGAGGUGGGGCUCAUCGUGAUUUUGAUUUGCAUUUCCCUAGUGACUAAUGAUGUGCUUGUUUGCAAUCAAUAUGUCUUUGGGGAAGUUGCCCAAAGUUGGGGUCUUUCGCCAAUUUUUUCAUUGGGUUGUUUUCUUACUAAGUUUUAAGAAUUCUUUAUGUAUUUUGGAAGCAAGUCCUUUGUCAUAUAUACAUUUAGCAAGUAUUUUUUGUCAAUCUGGAGCUUGUAUUUUCAUUCUUAACAGUGUCUUAUGAGGGGUAAAAGAUUUUAAUUAUAAUGAAGUUUGAUUUGUUGUUUUAAACCUUGUGAUUUUUGUGUCCUAUUUAAGAAAUCUUUGCCAAAUCCAAGGCCACUAAGAUUUUUUUCCAAUGCUUUCUCCUUAAAGAUUUUUUGAAAUAAACUUAUUUACUUAUUUAUUUUUGGCUGCAUUGGGUCUUCGUUGCUGCGCGUGGGCUUUCUCUAGUUGCAGAGAGCGGGGGCUACUCUUCGUUGCAGUACCAGGGCUUCUCAUUGUGGGGGCUUCUCUUGUGGAGGACGGGCUCUAGGCACGAGGGCUUCAGUAGUUGCAGCAUGUGGGCUUAGUAGUUGUGGCUCAAGGGCUCUGAAGCACAGGCUCAGUAGUUGUGGUGCACGGGCUUAGUUGCUCUGUGGCAUGUGGGAUCUUCCCAGGCCAGGGAUCAAACCCCUGUCCCCCUGCAUUGGCAGGUGGAUUCUUAACCACUGCGCCACCAGGGAAGUCCAUCCUUAAAGUUUUAUAGUUUGUAUUCUUACAUUUAGGUCUGUAAUCCAUUUCAAGUUAAUCUCUGCAUAUUGUGUGAGAAGAAUUUAGCUUCAUACUUUUGGACAUGGCUGUGGAAUUUUUCAAGGACUGUUUUGAGAAAGAUUGUCCUCUCCCUGUUGAAUCACCUUGGCACCUCUGUUGAAAAUCAUUGACUGUGUAUGAAGGUGUCUUUCUGUUUCCUUCAUCUCCGUGUCUGUCUUUGUGUCAGUACCACAUUGUCUGGUUACUGUAGCUUCACAACAGACGAGAUCAGGUCGUAUUAGUUCUCCAACUUGGUUCUUUUUCAGUCCUUUUUGUUUUAGCUAUUCUGGGUCCUUUAAGUUUCCAUGUGAGCUUUAGAAUCAGCUUGCCGUGUCCUAUGGAGAAGGCUGGAUGUUGUUUGCUGGGUUUGGGUAGACCCUAACGCACACUGGGGAGAAGUGAGGUCGCAACAGCAUCGUGUCCUCCGAUCUGUGAACAUGGCAUCCGGGGUUUUCGGGCCGAAGACCUCCUCAUCCAUCAGCUACAGAAAUGGAACAAGAAGAGGUCAACGGGAGUAAGGAGAUGAGUUCAGAGGCGGCCCCCUACCGCUGCUCCGCCUGUCAUGGGGACGAGGACUGGGGCCUGGGCCACCCCAUCCGGGGCCGUGCCAAGUCCCGCAGCCUGUCGGCCGCGCCUGCCCUGGCCAGCACCCGGGAGUUCAGGAGGACCCGCUCUCUGCAUGGGCCGUGCCCGGUGACCACUUUCGGACCAAAGGCCUGUGUGCUGCAGAACCCCCAGACCAUCAUGCACAUCCAGGACCCUGCCAGCCAGCGGUUGACGUGGAACAAGUCCCCAAAGAGUGUCCUUGUCAUCAAGAAGAUCCGAGACGCCAGCCUGCUCCAGCCCUUCAAGGAGCUCUGCGUGUACCUGAUGGAGGAGAACAACAUGAUCGUGUACGUGGAGAAGAAAGUUCUGGAGGACCCUGCCAUCGUGAGCGACGACCGCUUUGGGCCCGUGAAGAGGAAGUUCUGCACUUUCUCAGAAGAUUAUGACGACAUCUCCAACCAGAUCGAUCUCAUCAUUUGCCUGGGAGGGGACGGGACCCUCCUCUACGCCUCCUCGCUCUUCCAGGGCAGCGUGCCUCCGGUCAUGGCGUUCCACCUGGGCUCCCUGGGCUUCCUGACCCCCUUCAACUUUGAGAACUUUCAGUCCCAAGUUACUCAGGUGAUACAGGGGAACGCAGCUGUUGUUCUCCGGAGCCGGCUGAAGGUCAGGGUCGUAAAGGAGCUCCGAGGGAAGAAGGUGGCCGUCCCCAACGGGAUCAGCGAGAAUGGGGUGCUGGCCGCAGCCCUGGAUGCGGAGGUCGGGAAGCAGGUCAUGCAGUACCAGGUCUUAAACGAGGUGGUGAUCGACAGAGGCCCCUCCUCAUACCUGUCCAACGUGGACGUCUACCUGGACGGGCACCUCAUCACCACGGUGCAGGGCGACGCCUGUCCUGCAGGCGUGAUCGUCUCCACGCCGACGGGCAGCACGGCGUACGCGGCUGCCGCCGGCGCCUCCAUGAUCCACCCCAACGUGCCGGCCAUCAUGAUCACGCCCAUCUGCCCCCACUCGCUGUCCUUCCGGCCCAUCGUGGUCCCGGCCGGUGUCGAGCUGAAGAUCAUGCUGUCACCAGAAGCAAGGAAUACGGCGUGGGUGUCCUUCGAUGGACGCAGGAGACAGGAAAUCCGCCACGGAGACAGCAUCAGCAUCACUACCUCUUGCUACCCGCUCCCCUCCAUCUGCGUCCGCGACCCCGUGAGCGACUGGUUUGAGAGCCUGGCGCAGUGUCUGCACUGGAACGUGCGGAAGAAGCAGGCCCACUUCCCAGAGGACGAGGAGGAUGCGGACGAGGAGGAUGGGGCAGGGCAGGUGGGGAGCUAGGCCUGCGGUCCUGCUGUCCGCGCUCGGGACAGGCCGGCCUGAAUGUGCGCUGUGAACGUCACGGGCCCAGCGCCGGAGGCAGGUGCUGCACCACAUGUCUGUGGCCAGAGGAGGGGCCUGCAGUCUGCCUUUUGUCGACCAGAUCAGCUGUUUUUACCAUUUUAAAUCUGACUUUUCUGCAUUUCUAAACAAGUGAGCAGGUGGAGCUCUGGGGUCAGCCCAGGGGCACCCACCCUGCGUGUGGUCAGAGCCCGAGCCCGGGCAGGGACGGCCGAGCCGGGUGGGCUCCUUGGUUCCUUGUGAAGAAACUUCCGUAAAUCAGUCUACUGAAAUUCAGAGGGGAUCAGAAUGAGCGGGUCUGUCCUAUGGUCUUGAAAAUCAGUGUCUCACGGCCAGAAAUCUUCCUUCAGCUCCACGACUUCCCCUGAAGCCACCUGGGGGGAUGCUUCUGCCGAGAGCAGGUGGAGGUUGGCUGGCAGGACAGGUGGGUCCCCGCCCCCUCCGGCUCGGGGUCCUCCCUGAGUCCUCCUGGACCUCCUGCCUGGUCCCCAGGCCCCGGUCUCCUCCCCCUGCUUCAGGGUGACCGGUGCUGGUGGGGCGAGGGUCGGACCACACACAUUCCUUGGGAAUCAGGGGCACGCCUCCCCACCCUGGAAGCUAUUUUCAAUCCUGUGUCUAUUUUUUAAAUUUUCUGAAAGUGCUUACGUACAGAUUUUAUUGUACACACUUUGAGAUUUCGGUGGGAACGGGGUUUGUGCUGUGACGUGGGACCAUUCUGUGCAGCCCCCGUAACCGUCCAGAGAGCUGGGCGACUCGGUCAGGGUGCCUGGCGCUUGGCAGGCCAGGGAGGUGCCCACGCUGCUCUCACUUCUCCCGGGGGCCUGGCUUCGUGGGAGCGCACAUCAUUCCAGCCCCGUGCCUGCGUCACCGGUGCCGGGGGCCGGGUCCCCGUGGUGUCUGGUGGGAGCUGUGGCUCAGAGGGCACAUGGCCCUGGCCCCCGGUUACUGUUGCCUAACGGUGUCCUGUUUUGAGUAACUGAUUUGUCUCUGAGUUGCGUCUUCACCUGUUAAAUUGUCCGGAAUGGAAGGGGCAGGGGCCUGUCCUUCCUUGGACUUUCUUCUGGAGGGCCGGGGCCAGGGCUGGGGGGCUGUGCUUUGCUUGCUUGGAGGGUCCCGGGCUGGUGGGAAGGCAUCCGGGGUUUCCAGGGCUGGCCCUGCAGCCUGAGCGCGUGUGUGUCCAUCAAGUGCUGCUGCCCCCGCGUGCCCGUCUGGGCAGCUGAGCAGGUGCGGGGGAUGGAGGUCGGCUCCCACCCUCUGCCCGCGCGCUCGGGCACGGUGGGUGGCCCACCCAGCCUCCCGUGGGCUGAGGGGGUGACAGCCCCAGCUUUAGGGCCAGAAGAGAGUGGCAGUCAGAACGCGGGUCACUUGUUCAGACAACAGAGCCGGUGUAGACCAAGUCCUCACGCGUAACGGGGAAUGACCUAGGAAACUUUGGGGUUUUGAAGUAAAUUCUUAAUGUUUCAUAUUGUUAAUAUCUUGAAAAUUUGUUAAAUGUUGAAAGCCUUAUUACUAUUUUCAGAUCCUUUCAAUAAACAGACUUGUUUAA